AAGAAAGUAUGGGAAUAAUGGGAGCGGCAAAGCCGCGGAUCGAAGCAGUGUUAACUGUGUCGCCAUUAAAGGUGACUGAACCACGACAGGUUCGUCAAGUUCAGGCGGCCCACAACCCAAAAGCUAUUUCUGGCUGUCACCACAUAGUUCUCUACUUCACCAAGUCGAGGAAAGAUGAUGAUGAUGGUGAGCCGUUUCUGGCUGGGUGGGCCGUGGAGUCACUGGCCAUGGUUCUGUCGGAGCACCCACUUGUGGCAGGACGCCUCCGGCGAAGGGAAGACGGCGGAGAGGAGGACGAUAGCAGAGCAUUGGAGAUUGUGUCCAAUGACUCAGGCAUCCGAAUGGUGGAAGCUCGAAUCCCCAUGAGCAUGUCUCAGCUUCUUGGACUGAAUCGAGAGGACUUUGUCGGGGUUGAAGCUGAUCUUGUGUUCUGGAAGGACGUGGAUGAACACACCCCUGAUUUCUCUCCUCUCUUUUACAUCCAGGUGACAAACUUCGAAUGUGGAGGAUACUCUAUUGGAAUAAGCUGCAGUCUGCUGCUGGCAGAGUUUCUGAUCGUUGAGAAUUUCCUCAAGAAAUGGUCGGACAUACACAAGAACCAUGUUAACCUAAAAAGCCAGAACGAAGAAGACAGUACUAAAACUGUGACACCCAUAUUUUACCAUCCUCGUCUCAAGAAUCCAGAGUCGCCUCCCCCCGACAUAAUCGCUCGUACCCCGACAAAGAACCAAGUCGUGAAUCUCAUGUUCAAAGUCACAUCUCAAGACGCAGGUUUCGACGAAGAUGACGAGGAACAGAAGUGGAAAGAAUUAGGCAUGAUUUGCGUGAAGAAGGCAGAGCAGAAGCUUGAGAGAAACAUGGCGAGUGAAAGCUUUUGGUUGAUGGUGAUGAAAUGUGGUGAGGUUAUCAGAGAGGUGGGAAGUUGCCGUAAGAGAUCAACAUCAUCAUCGGCUGGGCUGAUGAAGAAGAAGGAGGAGGUGGUGUGGGCAACGUGGGAUGAGUUUGGAGAGUACGAGGUAGAGUUUGAGGAAGGGAAUAAGGCUGUGUUUGUUUCUCGGUGGAUUAAUGGAUCAGUUUGUGACGACGAUGAGGCACAGGUCGUGGCUGUUCCGUGUCCAAAAGUGGGUGUCUCUGCUUUGAUUAUGGUUUCUCUUCCUGUUUGAUUGUAUAAUAAUGAUUUGGAUCAUUGGCUUAUUUGUUUCUUUAACGUACUUUAUCUUGCAUUGAAGUGAAACGUGUUCCCCCUUUAGCAGAAGUAAUUCAUAAUAUUUGAUGAUGCUUUUCUUGCUUAAAUAUGUACAAUACAUCUAUAUUAUAUAUGACUUUGCAUUUUUCAA